AUGGCUGCCCCAUUAGCCAUGCAUCACGAUGGCGUGACGGAUGCUGGUCCGAGACUCGUCAACCGACUACGCGACAGCAAAUCACCUUACGUUAGGGCGCAUAUGAACAACCCAGUGGCCUGGCAGCUAUGGGGUGCGGAAGCCAUCGAGUUGGCCAGACGCUACAACCGGCUGAUCUUCCUGAGCAUCGGUUAUUCAGCAUGCCACUGGUGUCAUGUAAUGGAAAAGGAAUCAUUCAUGUCGCAGGAGGUGGCCGCGAUUCUGAAUGAGUCGUUUAUUCCAAUCAAGGUGGAUCGCGAAGAGAGACCCGACGUCGACGAUGUUUACAUGAACUACGUGCAGGCCACUACUGGCUCUGGAGGCUGGCCUCUGAAUGUUUUCCUUACUCCAGAUCUUGAGCCUGUGUUUGGUGGUACCUAUUGGCCCGGCCCGAAUUCCUCAACGUUGACAGGAACGGAGACAAUCGGAUUCGUUGAGAUUCUUGAGAAAUUAGGAGACGUUUGGGAGACUCAACAACUUCGGUGCCGCGAAAGCGCAAAAGAAAUUACGAAGCAGCUUCGGGAAUUCGCAGAGGAAGGGACUCAUUCUUAUCAAGGUGACCGGCAAGCGGACGAGGACCUGGACAUCGAACUGCUAGAGGAGGCCUACCAACAUUUUCUGUCUCGAUAUGAUCCUGUACAUGGCGGUUUCUCCGCAGCGCCGAAAUUCCCCACGCCCUCCAACCUGAGCUUUCUGCUACGCUUGGGCAUCUACCCGACUGCUGUUUCUGACAUCGUUGGAAGGGCCGAAUGCGAGCAUGCAACCGCCAUGGCCGUUAACACGCUUAUUAGUAUGGCGCGCGGAGGCAUACGGGAUCAUAUCGGACAUGGCUUCGCACGAUACAGUGUCACUGGUGACUGGGGCCUGCCUCACUUCGAAAAAAUGUUGUACGAUCAAGCGCAACUCUUGGAUGUCUACGUGGAUGCAUUCAAGAUCACCCACAACCCCGAGUUGCUCGGUGCAGUCUAUGACCUGGCUACUUACCUGACGACGGCACCGAUUCAGGCGCCAACGGGCGCGUUCCACUCGUCGGAAGAUGCCGAUAGCCUUCCGACAGCCAAUGAUACUGAGAAGCGGGAAGGCGCUUUUUACGUCUGGACAUUGAAGGAGUUGACGCAGGUGCUUGGUCAGCGGGAUGCUGGAGUCUGUGCUCGUCACUGGGGAGUGCUUCCUGACGGGAACAUCGCGCCCGAGAACGACCCCCAUGACGAGUUCAUGAAUCAAAACGUUCUUUCUGUCAAGGUGACUCCGAGCAAGCUUGCAAAGGACUUUGGACUCGGGGAAGAGGAGGUGGUGCGAAUCAUCAGAACCGCGAAGCAGAAACUCCGCGAUUACCGGGAAAGGACGCGCGUCCGGCCGGAUUUGGAUGAUAAGAUCAUUGUUGCCUGGAAUGGACUGGCCAUCGGUGCACUGGCCAAGUGCAGUACAUUAUUCGAGGACAUUGAGAGCUCCAAGGCCGUCCAAUGCCGAGAGGCGGCGGCCAAGGCGAUCAGCUUCAUCAAGGAACAUUUGUUCGAUCAGCCUACUGGGCAACUUUGGCGCAUCUAUCGCGAUGGCAGUAAAGGCGACACCCCAGGCUUCGCCGAGGACUACGCGUAUUUAAUUGGCGGGCUGCUGGAUAUGUAUGAGGCUACAUUUGACGAUAGCUACUUGCAGUUCGCCGAACAACUGCAGAAAUACCUCAACCGGGAGUUCCUUGCAUAUGUAGGAACCACGCCAGCGGGCUAUUAUACCACACCUUCUACGAUGACAGCAGGGUCUCCGGGACCUCUUCUUCGCCUGAAGACUGGCACGGAGUCGGCCACGCCGUCCGUCAAUGGUGUCAUUGCUCGCAACCUGCUGCGCCUCGCAAGCCUACUGGAAGAUGAAGAAUACAGAACGCUUGCCCGGCAGACCUGCCACUCAUUUGCCGUGGAGGUCCUCCAGCAUCCAUUCCUCUUUGUCGGACUUCUGGAUGCGAUUGUCGGGUUGGAGACCGGUACACGCAACGUCACCGGUGUGUUCUCGACUGCCGCCAUUGAGAGCAGUGUUCAAGCCUCGGAGGGCGUGAUCCGAAAGACGAACGAGCCGGUCUGUGUGCGAGACCUGAUUGUACAGAAAAUCCGCGCCGAAGCCGGGCUGGCGAUCUCGACUGCGACGACGACGGCGUCUCUGGUGGAUAUCCGACCCUCUCACGUGGGAGACUUUGUAGGGAAUCAGUCAUUCUGGCUACGGACGCGCAACGCAAUGUAUAAGGAGCUGCGGCCGUCAGAAACGGGCAAGAAUCAUCUCAUGGUUUGUGAAAAAGGGCGGUGCCGAAUGGUGAACAUAUGA